GAAUAUUAUUCGGAGUAUUUCGAUCUAUAAAAAUCACAUUUUGGAAAAGAAAACCUCUAAAUGGCAACAUCGCCGAGUAAAAGAGUGGUCAUUGUCGGUGCGGGCAUUGUCGGUGUGAAUUCGGCGCUGGAAGUUCAGAGAAGAUAUCCGAAUUACGAGGUGACCCUGAUAGCGGACAAGUUCAACGGAGACACUCUCAGUGACGGCGCCGCCGGAUUGUUGCGGCCGGACACUUACGUUUUCGGCCCCAGUCUAGAAAUCUCUCAGCAAUGGGUAAACGAUUCUUAUAGUUUCUAUAAAAAUCUAUUAAAAAGUGGGGAACCCUGUGGCAUAAAUGAAGUUUCUGGUUACAUAUUUUCGACUAAGAAUCCGAAUAUUACAAAAAACCAUUACAUGAACAAUUGUUCACCUGACUUCAGAGAAGCUACAGAUGAGGAAUUAAAAGCGUAUUCGUCUGCUGAGAAUCAACUUAAAAUAAACUAUGGUAGCUUCUUCACGUCGAUAGUCAUUGAAUGUAAACUAUUCUUACCGUGGGCUUUAAAAAAAAUAAGUGAUAAUGGUGGAACUAUUAUUAACCGAAAAAUCGAAUCUCUCGAAGAACUAUGUGGAGAAUAUGAUAUUAUUUUUAACUGCACUGGGUUCAGAGCCGGAAAAUUAUGUAAUGAUGUGAAUGUGUUGCCUAUUCGUGGACAAGUUAUUCGGGUCAAAGCUCCUUGGGUUGACAAAUUUUACUAUCUUGAUUCCGACACAUAUAUAAUUCCGUCAAUAAGCGACGGGACUGUUGUACUAGGUGGGUGUAGACAUUUUGGCAGCCAUAACGAGCAGGUGAAUGAACGCAACACAGAAGAAAUACUGGAAAAUUGUAUCAGUUUAUUGCCAUCAUUAAAAGAAGCGUUAAAAACGGACUACAAAGUUUGGGUUGGCCUUAGACCUUACCGGAACAAAAUUCGUGUAGAAACUGAGCAUAUAAAACAUGAUACCGUGAUUGUACACAAUUAUGGGCACGGUGGAUAUGGAGUAACAUUAGCUCCCGGAACAGUGAAAUAUGCAGUUGACUUAUUGACUUCAGUUAACAAAUGAUUUAACAACAUAAUGCUAUUACCUAUGUAUUUGGUUAUAGUAGAUUACUAGUAUUAUAUAGUAGUUACUUACCUAAUAUUAUUUUAAUGGUCAAUAAUCGGAAUGUAAUUGUUUGGAUUAGUUUAAAGGUCCGAUUUAAUUACGGUUGUAUUCUUUGCGUAAUUAAUCAAAACAUAAUUCAUUGAUUAUUUAAAAAAUCUAAUAUUCUUCAUUUAUGUUUAUUUUAUAGUCGUUAAUUAUUAAAUAUUCAAUACUUGAUAUUCGUAACUAAUAGUAAAUACUAUUUAUUAUUUAAUAAGGACUCUUGGACGUUAGAAAAAAAAAUAUGCAACAAAUAUCCAUCGAAAUUAAUGACCAAAUUUUCAAUCUAA